AUGGGGCUUGUGAAGCUGUUGAGCCUCUGGCCCUUUGUUGUCGCUCGUCCGUUUGCUUCUUCCUCUGCCACCACGUCUCAGGAUAUACUGGCGGCCGAGGCUACCGUCGACCAGAGUCCUGUCACUAUCCUUCCCACCUGGGACGUGAUCGGCCCAUUCAGAUUAGGAACUCGAGAAGCGGUUUGGGGCGCUGACCCUCUUGAGUUUUAUGGAGGGAUCCAGUACAACACUCCGAAUGGAUCGACCUGCUUCCCGAGUCCGUUGGCGAGAAACGCGACAGUGCAAUGGGCUCGGAAGGAGUAUAGCCCGAGGGUAUCGAACGGUGAACACUCACUGACUCUUUCUCUUGACUUUGACGGGAUUGAUUGGGAGUUCGCUCAAAAAGUCUAUGGAUGGUCAGCAUUUCAGUAUCAAGCAUGGGCGAAAGGGGAGAUCUUCAAUUGGGACAUGGUGAGUAGAGUUGUCAAUGUCUUCAGCGACAAUAUCAUUGAACUCUGGAUCAAUGAUAUGCAUGUCUUUGGUGGAGACUUCUUCGGGUUUGGACGAAUUCCCAUGCUGGUUCAACUCCACCCUGGGGUUAACAAUAUCAGCGUACGACUUGUGCGUGAGGUUCGCUCCAUGGGGGGCGGUUUCCCUCCAACAAUCCAAGCAGGUCUGAGGAUAAAACCUGCUUCUGAAGAGCUCGCAGUUGUCACAGAUGGCUUGGUGAUGCCCAAUGUGGUCAAUGGGAGAUUUUGCACACGAUACGGUAGCAUCCCGGUCCGAAACCAAGGUGCGACAUGGAUAUAUGUGCGCCGGAUAGCAGCCGUGUCUGCGGAAUGCAGUUAUGUCGUUGCCAGUCAAGACAUACUCCUUGCGCCUGGGCAAUCGCGUCCAGUAAAGAUGGUCUUCGAUCCCAACUUCAGAUUGAACAAAUCAUUGGAGCUCGUUCUGGUUUAUUCAGGUCAGGACGGGAGGCUAAACGAGAUCACCUUCACUGCACAGCCGGAGCAUGUAGAAAUGUCGUCCUUACAGAGGAUUACAUACACCCAUCCAAGCGGCACAAUAUCUUACGCGAUGUUGAAGCCGCCACCUACGGCCAACAAGUCAAAAAGCCACGACUUACCUGUCAUCGUGAACCUUCAUGGAGCUGGCGUGGAGGUAGAUGGACCCCUGGCGCGACAUAUGUUUGACGAUGCUCCUCAUCUGCCGGCAUGGAUACUCACCCCCACAGGCAUGAGUCCCUGGAGUGGUGAUGAUUGGCAUACUUGGGGAUUUGCUGAUGCUCAGUCCGCAGUGGCCGCAGUUGCUGAUUGGAUUGACACCACAGGAUGGGACGGUCCACGCGUGUAUUCUGAGAAGCUUCUUGUUGCCGGCCACUCCAACGGUGCCGCCGUUGCGUCGGGAUACUCUUCGAUUGAAAACUACGUGCCAUACGUCUUGUGGAACGAAGCAUCCCCUCUCCAAAACGCUCUUCUCGAGAACUCAAGAAGCAGCUUCCGCCAUGAAAUCUUGACUGAAAAUUUGGUGGGCAUCUCGAUCUUACAACAACAUGGAUCAGCUGACGACAAUGUUCCGGCUUACCACUCUCGGCUGAUGAACGUCUUGUUGGCAGAAGUAGGGCAAGUGGUGCAGUAUGCGGAGAUGUUGCACAAGGGACAUUGGUUUGACGGCACAAUGACCACCAAAUCAAUGAUGGAAUUCUACUGGCGACAUCUGACUGCAUGGCAUCCCAACGCACGGCUGGCGAAUGCUCCUGACCAAUUCCUCAUUGAUGAUGUGCCACAUGUUUUUGACGCCGGAAGUGGAUUGCCUCCUUUUGUCAAGACCGCUUCCAAUGUUUGGGGCAGGGAGGUCACCCUGGAUUGGAGGACGUUGGACCAGAGAUUCGGUCGUCAAAGAGGCGCCUUGGACGCAAUACUUCGAACAACUGGACCAUUUCAAGUCGUCCACGACUCCGACCAGACACUGUCCAUCGCAGUACAAACAAGCCGAAACUUUUUGCAGUAUUUUGGAGCCGAUACAACAGUUGUUCCUUUCUCCGAGUAUGGACAAGCAUUGGAUAAUGAGGGAAAUGUUCUCACAAUCUGCCUGGGACUGUCGAUCCCAGAGGCUCGCUUCCCAGGAUUUCCGAUUCGACUUGCUAAUGAAAAAAUCCUCAUUACUGCACCAGGGUCCGGAUCGAUAUCGUUGCAUUUGGAAGCAGGAAUGGGUGGAGUGUGGCUUCGACCUCUUCCGAGAGAGCGUUUGGAGCUUGUCGUGUGGGGGUUCGACGAGGUUGGUUUGCGACAAGCUGCAAGGCUGAUACCCACGGUAACUGGAGCUGGUCAGCCGGAUUUCGUGCUUUUAGGUAAUGAGGCAAGAUGGAAGGGUCACGCAGGUGCUAUCGCAAUGGGCUUCUUCGAUCGCAACUGGAAGAUAUCAUCUGCUUCAUACCUGCCCUGA